AUGGAGGAAACACCAGUCGAUUUUUUAUCGAUCCCGGUGUCCACGGGAACGACUAUUUUAGCGUGCGCGUAUCGCACCGGCGUCGUCCUCGCCGCCGAUUCCCGAACGUCCACGGGCGCGUACGUCGCCAACCGAGCGAGCGAUAAAAUCACGCAGAUAUGCGACAACGUGUGGAUGUGUCGAUCCGGGUCCGCCGCGGACACGCAAAACGUCGCCGCGUACGUGAAACGAAUGGUUGAGGAACACGCGAUGGAACGAAACGGAACCGGUUUUCGCGAGAACGAGUCAAACGAUCGCGCGAUGAUGGUGGACGUUCGCGUAGUGGCGAAACUGACGCAGAAAAUAGCGUACGAGAACAAAGAGAAGUUACAAGCCGGGAUGAUCAUCGCCGGGUGGGAUCGAGUGAGAGGACCGCAGGUGUACGGAAUUCCUUUGGGCGGGUCCAUGUUGGAAGCGCCGUUUAGCGUCAGCGGAUCCGGUUCGGCGUAUAUUUACGGGUAUUUAGACAACACGUAUAAAGAGAACAUGGAAAGAGAGGAGUGCGAGAAGUGGAUGACGGAGGCGAUUUCAUUGGCGAUUGCGAGAGAUGCGAGUUCUGGAGGGGUUAUUAGAUUGGUCACCAUACACGAGAACGGGUGCGAGAAGCAAUGCGUGUUGCCGAAAGAUCACAAGGUGUGCGACGGCGAGUUGGAGCAAGUAGCGACGACCACCACCGCUAUGGUUUAA